GAAGGGUCCCUGCUAGUUGGUAAGCUAACUCAAUUGUGCGUCCAAAUAUGUUAAUAAUUAUCGGAUAAAUUCAUAUUUGACACAUCUCUUACAUGGAAUACCAUCCGCAGAAUACCAUGGAGGACUAUCGCUCCCUGUUGGACGUGAACCUCUCGGAUGAACACCACCGGCGCCGUUUUUUCUUUCCCUGUUUGUGUAGCUAGCCUUAGCCACAUAUGCUAAUACCAACGCUCUCCGACCAAAAGGGUAGCCGAAGUUGGUGCGUCGCUAUGCGGCAGUCGACCGCAGAGUAAGGAAGAGAACUCCGAUGGAAGUCGCCCCCACAAACGAGUGACCUUUUAGGGAGAUGUAGCAGACUUGUCUCCGGCGAGAUAGCGCUCUCAGUAUGUUGUUUAAGUGCAGCUAAGCGUCGACUACUCCAGGAAGAGGCACAUUAGUGACAAUGUUAUCCCUGGCUAAAGGUUAGCUAACGCAGCUCAGGUUGCUGCGUUUUGAGCGAUGGAGAAGUGCAUGACACGCCACCUCUGAGGUCUCUCUUGACGGCUGGGUGGCGGUGUGCAAUCAUGUCCUGCAAAGCCGCUACCAAGGACAAGAAGACGAGCUUCGGGAAGAAGCUCUUCAGGCGAGGCUCUGUCCGCUCCGUGGGCAGUUUCAUGAGCAGAGUCCUGAGGACACUGACAGCCUUGUCCCACUUUGGAUCUGAAGUGCAAACCGAGGAUGACAAAGAUGAUGGAGGCUUCUCCACCUUUAAAUCCGGAGCUAAGGACGCGCCCAUGGAAGAUGGGGACCUCGGGGUUUUUCUCUCUGGGGAGAGAGUCCCUGGCGUGGCCGGGCUGAAGAACCACGGCAAUACCUGCUUCAUGAAUGCCAUUCUGCAGUGCCUCAGCAACACAGAGCUUUUUGCAGAGUACCUCGUUUUGGAGCAGUACAAGGAAGAGGGUCUAGAUGAGGACAAACCAAAGACAAAUGGCGUCCAUCUGCAGAAGAAGGGACCUCAGGCCAAGGGGGAAGUGACAGAACAGUUGUCUGGACUUGUCCGGGCUUUAUGGACGUUUGAGUAUACCCCCCAACACAGCCGAGACUUUAAGAACGUGGUGUCGAAAAACGCCACCCAGUUUAAAGGCAACGCUCAGCACGACGCUCAAGAGUUCCUGCUGUGGCUUCUGGACAGAGUUCACGAGGACCUCAACACAGUCAACCCCAUCGGCAGGCCGACCAUAAAGCCACCUAUUGAGGAGGAUGACCAACACGCAGAGGGACCCUCCCCGCCUCUCUCAGCUGGUUCCUUUGUACAAGAACUCUUUCAGGCUCAGUACAGGUCUUCUCUCACAUGCCCGCAUUGCCAAAAACAGAGCAAUACCUUUGACCCCUUCCUCUGCAUCUCCUUACCCAUCCCACUGCCACACACGCGGCCGUUGUACGUCACGGUGGUCUACCAGGGGAAGUACUCUCACUGCUUGAGGAUCGGGGUCGCUGUGCCCCUCAACAGCACCGUGUAUCGCCUUCGAGAUGCUGUGUCGCGUGAGACCAAGAUGCUGAUGGAUCAGUUCAUUCUGACUGAAAUGUACUACGACGGUUUCCACCGCUCCUUCUGCGACGACGACGACGACCUCGACAUCAUCCAGGAGAGCGACUCCAUCUUUGCCUUCGAGACUCCGGAGACGUUUAAACUGGAAAGCCUGCGCACAAAAAGAGGGAGUCUUCUGGCCAACCUGAAUCACAAUAACUUGAAGUACGGGACGGAAAACGGUCGGACGCCGUCUUUCAUGCAGGGGGCGGGGACACCUGUGGUGUCGCCCAAUAAAAACCUGGCUCCUGAGAAGAUGGUCCUCCUGGUGUGCAACAGGGCCUGUACUGGCCAUCAAGCAAAGAGGUUUGGCCUGCCUUUUGUCCUUUACAUGGAGCGCGCGGCCACCUGGGACACGCUCCAGAAAGAGAUCCUGGAGAAAAUGCGCCACCUUCUGCGACCUGGAGUUUAUAUUCAGGUGGGGCCUUUCAGUCUUCGGGUGGUCGGCGUGGUGGGGAUCACCUACCUCCUUCCCCAGGAUGAGCGACCGCUGUGUCACCCGACAGUGGAGAGAGCAUACAAGUCCUGUGGACAGGGUGGACCGCCGCACGUGAAGAUCGUGGUGGAGUGGGACAAAGAGACCAAAGACUAUCUGUUCGGACACACGGAGGAGGAGUACAUACCCGAUGCCGAGAGCGUGUAUCUGCACAGGGAGCAACACCACCACCCCCAGGCCUGCACUCUGGCUCAGUGCUUUCAACUCUACACUAAAGAGGAGCAGCUGGCCCCGGACGACGCCUGGCGCUGCCCCCACUGCAAGCAGCUGCAGCAGGGCCGCAUUAAGCUCAGCCUGUGGACGCUGCCCGAUGUGCUCAUACUGCACCUCAAGAGGUUCAGACAGGAGGGGGACCGCAGGGUGAAGAUGCAGAACAUGGUGCGGUUCCCGCUGAUGGGCAUGGACAUGGCGCCUCACGUGGUGAAGAGAAGCCAGAGCAGCUGGAGUUUACCCUCCCACUGGUCACCGUGGAGGCGACCCUACGGCCUGGGGAGAAACCCAGAUGAUUUCCUUUAUGACCUGUACGCCGUGUGCAACCAUCACGGGAGCAUGCACGGAGGACACUACACUGCCUACUGCAAGAACUCGGUUGACGGCCAGUGGUACUGCUUCGAUGACAGCGAGGUUUCACCAGUCGGUGAUGACGACGUGUGUCAACAAACUGCCUACAUACUCUUCUACCAGCGGAGGACUGCCAUCCCCUCCUGGUCUGCCAACAGCUCUGUUGCAGGCUCUACCAGUUCUUCCUUGUGUGACCACUGGAUCAACAGGCUGCCCGGUAGUAGACCUGCUAGCUUGGCCUCCGGUGCCUCAUCCAGACGCACCUCCCUGGCUUCGCUGGCGGAGUCAGUGGAGUUUACCGGAGAGCGUAGCGAAGACGACGGUGGUUUCUCCGUCCGCCCCUUUGUGAGGAGCAUCCAGCGUCAGAGCUUGUCUUCCAGGUCGUCCAUGGCCAGCCCCUUAGCCUACAGCGACAGCAGCAUCAAGCCCUCAUGGUCUCUCUCCGCCAAACUGCAAAUGAGAUCCAACUCACCGUCGCGCUUCUCCCUCGACUCUCGCUGCUCUCCGCCUCUUGAGAGGAUUGGCGAGGCCUGCGACGACCGCGUGUCCACGUCCUGCUUCGGCAGCUACAGCCGUCACGAGCGCUAUUUCGGCAGCAGGACUCCCUUGUCUGCUGUGGAGAGCAACUACAGCGAGCAGGACAACAACAAGCGUUUCCUGGACAUGAUGUACUGCCGGGCUCCCACGCCUGUGGAGAAGAAGACGUCCAAAAAUGAGCCUACUGAAAACAACAACCAGAUCACAGCCAUAGACCAAAACAUCCUUCCAUCUCAAGCCACUCCUUCCAAGGAGCAGAAGCGUAAGAGCAGCAUUGGAGGUUUUGCAUCCAAGGCAGAAAGCACAGGCUCUACUAAAACCACCAAAGCGGAGCAAGAAAAAACCUCCAAAAAACGUUUGUGUUCCACACACAAGCCUUCAUCGUCUGAGACCCCCUCUAGCACACCUGUGAAAGGCAAAAAAGUGAGCAACGCUAAAGAGAAGAGCAUUACGGGCAAGAAAAGCACUUCAACACCGAGUGGGACCCCCUCCAAAAAGAAAGAGACGCCCCCACCUCUUGAGGCGACACCGCAACACAGGCUGUGUGUCCGCUCCACGCCUCAGUCAUCCGCGUCCCCCUCCCCCACUACAAAGAAGAACCCAGGCGUCCCCGAGAAGAACCCGGCCAGCGGUCGUAAGUGUCUGGUGGAGAGGAGCUUCAGCAGGGAUUCCAUGCACACCAGCCCUCUGGUCAACAGCCCGCGAGGAAGCUCCGCCGCCCGCUCCUCCUUCUCCAAGACUGCCGAAAGCAGCCGGCCCGAGCGGCGGACGGUGCGGAGCUCCAGCAGCAGCUCCUCCGUCACCAGCCUGCGCUCGCCCAGUGUGUCCACCAGAGAUCUACAGCGCAGCAGCAAGUCAGAGGAGAAAGGUUUGUCCUUUUUCAAAAGCGCCCUUAGACAACGGGAAAGCCGCCGGUCGGCUGACUUAGGGAAGAGCAGCCUGCUCUUCAAAAGGGCCUCGGAGAGGUCAUGCAAGCAGAAUGGGCAAGCAAAGGAGGCAGGCGUGGAAAACGGCAAAACGGCGGACACUGCGUCUCAGCCUCCACUCGCAGACGUUCAGAGAGCUGCGGCCGAGAAAAAGUGUGAGGCGAAGGAGUCCUCCAAGGCCGCCGGCUCCAUCGGCCGCUCUCUGCUGCACUUGGGCAAGUCCAAGUCUUCCAGCUCCGACGCCAGUCUCAAGUCGCCGGCCAACGGGAAGAAGCCUCUGGAAAGGAAGACGUCUUCCCGGAAGCUGUCGUCGAGCAUGCAAUCACCCGCGCGUGCAACGCAGCGGCCUCAGUGACGCCACCAUCGUAUGUACUUUUCUUCUUACUGAAUGCAGCUACUGUACAUUCUCUGUGCCUACGUUCCACUCAGCACCCUGCUUUCAAAACCUUCAUGUCCAAAAGUACCCAAACUUGACACACACUUAGAAUUCCAAUCCUAUCCAGGAGACUCACCAAACCACUUCCACUUAAUGAAUGACUCUCAAAUUAGCUUCCUCCUCAAUGACAAUUAUCUCCUCUGUGGUCAAAGUGGAGAUCACACGAAGGCACGCACACGCAUGAAAUUAAAAGCGUUUCAUUCAGAGUAACGAUGGAUUUUUUAAUGUUUUGGAAAUUGAUGAUUUGACCAAACACGUUCCUUCAUAAAUGUCUGAGAUUAGGAUUGAGAGCUCCUUUUUUUUUUUUUUUU